ACACACACGCAGAGUCGCCACUUCAGCAACGCCAGCUGGACGAAGCCGCCUCUCUCGAACACCUUGACACUCUCCUCGAGGAAUGUAACUACAUGGCGCCCGCCUGCUUGCUGCUGCCGAACCACAUAGCGGAGCAUGGCUUAAUGCUUUCCCCGUGGAGAAGCUCGGCCUUCUCCUCCCUGAUGAAGCCAUUCGGGUCGGCGUUGCCCUGAGGCUCGGCAUUCCUGUGUGCUUCCCACACAGAUGCAAGUGUGGCGCUAUGGCGGACAGCCUAGGUCACCAUCAGCUAUCCUGCCCCCGAGACCCAGGCCGCCUCCCAAGGCACGCACCCAUCAACGAUAUCAUAAGGCGCGGCCUGGCAGCUGCAGGAGUGCCGGCGCUCCUCGAGCCACGAGGCCUCGAGCGCGGUGACGGCCGGCGGCCAGACGGCAUCACCAUCACACCGUUCAGUAGCGGAAGGUCGCUGGUCUGAGACGCCACCUGCUCAAACACCUUCAAUUCCAUCCAGGUCACCGCCUGUGCCGUAACCCUCGGAGCCGCCGCCCGCGCUGCUGAGCAACGGAAACAUGCGCACAAUGUGGAUACAGAGCAACUGGUUUGUUUACUUUGUGAAUACGGGCAACCGACCUUGGUCGUGUGUGACGCACACCCAGAAAAGUUCCAUGGAGUUGCCGGUUGCCCGUACCGCCAACGCGGUUGGAAGAAAAAGCCCCAGUGUAACACCGCGUGUCCUGGAGUGAAGGGGUUAAAAUCCGAUUAAUCUCCUUUUCGGCCUUUGGCAAUAAUUGAUGUGAGGCGGAAGCGUCUGAGAAUACCGACCUCACUCUUUCAGGUCCCACGAGAACCGCAUAAAGAUAAGCUAAACAAAAUAAACGUACUACUGGUAGUGAGUAACGAAGAGUGGUUUCCGGCCAGCAGCACUGCAUGUCCCCACCGGAUAUCUGGUAUACGAGUGCUGAGUCCUGGUGACGGCAUGAACGAAUGGCGUGCACAGUGUGUGUGCUGUGGAAGCGUGGACGCGGAUGUGUCUGUAUAGUUCUGUGGCUGCUUGACCAACCAUCUAGAGCUGAGGGUAGGCGUCGGUAUGACUGACUGGCUGUGUAGUUGUGUGGCUGAUGAGGUCAACGUAUGUGUGACUUAUUGACUAUAUGGUCUGGAUUGUGAUUGUGGCUGACUUGCAAUGCAUCUAUGUGACUGACUGACUGACUGUAUAAUAGUAGCUCGUCGUCCCAUCGACCCUUGAGCCUGUGGUUGGUAAGAACCCAUUACCCCGGGACACAGAGAAGGUGCAACAUUCGGGUUUCCACAGUUUACCUUCCCCAGGUGUCCCUAGGUAUCUGUUUAUUGACCUGCCCAAAAAGGAGGAUGAACAGCUGGGUUGGCUGCGCACCGUCUUACCAAGAGCUGCCUUGUACAGGCCUACCGGCCUCUUGCAGACUCCUAUGUUCUUAUGUUAUGAACCUAGGUCCACGGAUUCGUAGCUUGGCGUACCCCUAGGCCACGGAGGCAAAGGAGUAAGGGUUAUUGAACGCUUUUCCUGUGACAACGAAAAGGCAGAGGGCAAAGCAGCGGUCGGGUUCUCUGACUGACACUUCUGGUUCUGUCUUGACGAGGCGACAUUCAUAACGACCUGCGAGAAGAAAUUAAAUGUCCCCUUGACGCUGAUUGUGAUGGGGUUCAUGCCUCACCGAGCCAAGGAUGACGAGGCUAACCCGUGACCCGACACGCAACCCGGGCUCAGCUUCUUGCUAGAUGUUAUAGAAGAAACCGACGCACCGCUCCUCCGUCACAGGUGUUGUGUUGAGUGGAAAACAGGAUAUUUCAUCAUCUCAACACAUCGUACAAUAGUUUUUUUUUUCAAACUGCCACGGAUAACCGAAGGAGUGAGAAUGAAGAGAUAAGAAUAACCGUAUCACAUGUCACUAGGCAAACACUGAAACUGAUAAAUACUAUGAUUCUUUUUCCCCCAUUCGUAUUCUAAAGACUGGAGGAAGCGGAGAGUGGGAAGAGUUGAGCAGGGGAGCAGCGGGCAACCACGAGACGCAAGCCAUGGCGAACUGCAGCCUCAUAUGGAAGACCUUCAACGGGGAGAUUUCAGACCACCUGAUGCUCUUCUUCGUCGUCUACUGCUACUCCGUCUGCUUCAUCGGCACCCUCUUCAAUGUGGCGGUGGUGUGGUGCGUGGUGGGCUGCCCCAGGACGCGCCCCUCCGUCAAGGUGCUCCUGUGCGGCCUCUUCUCCUCCACCCUGCUCAUGUGCCUGUCGGUGAUGCCCUUCAUGGCCCACGUCGGCCUGGCGAAGAUGUACUGUGACAUAUACAUCUCCAAGACGCUGACACGAGUCAUGCUCACCCUCUACAUCGUACUGACAGAAAUGGAAAUCAUCUACAUCACCAUCUUGGCUCUCCUCAGGGCCGUGGCGGUGUGGUCGACCAAGAGGCGCCAGGUGACGCUGCCCGCCGCCGUCACGCUGCUCGUGGCCACCGCCGUCUACUGCGUCAUCGCCACGAUGCUCAUCGUGGCGCCUUUUUGGGUGGAAAGGGUCGAUAAAUAUACGCUCAUGUUGGUGGGCCUGAUCUACAACUCCGCUCACGUCUUGGCCCCUGUGGUGGUGACCCUCGCCUGCUACCUCUCCAUGAUGGUUGCCGUUAGGCGCAACAAGCGGCGCCUGGCCGCCAGUCAGCACGCGGCCACGGGCGGGGGUCAGCAUGAGGUGAUGGACCAGGCCACGCGGGCCAUGCUGGCCGUGUUCAUCAGUAACCUGCUCUUUUGCCUCCCACAUUCCGCCUACCACAUGCUGCCUCAAGACUUCGGCGUCACUUCCUACGUCACCGUACACUGUGUCUUCUACACACACCUGUUCGUCGACCCGCUGGCGUACCUUUGCUCCAACGUGCACCACCGGCGGCGUGUGCUGCAGACGCUCGCCUCCUGCACCCGCUGGGCAGCCUUCAGGCACCCCACAGCCUCCACUCUGCCCCUCAACGUGACGCCCCCGGCCUCCGACGAGGCAAGAAAGUAGCAUGGCUGAAUUUUUUGACCUGUGGCCGAGAUAUUCCACCCACACGGCAGGCGCUGCGGAUGUCACGUACACAGUAAAUUUGUCCUGAAGUACAGAGAUAACUUCAGUAUGGAAGUCCCCGGGACUGACCAAGAUCAGCAACACUUCAAACUAAAACCACGUAUGUCUAAUCGUUUGGCGCGGGGUAUCAAUGCAUUGCUGACCGAUGUGAUUUUGUUUUAGUGAACAGUAUUAUUGCACCUAGAAUAAACCUCGCCUCUCCCUCUCAAAAAAACCUACACUUCCCCCCUUCUCUCCCUCUUCUCUGAUUUCCCCUUCACUCAUUAUGAGAGAGGAAACGACAGGGAAUUCUCACUCCUGUCCUCCCUCUGUACCUUUCCCCCACCGCUGUGUGUGUGUGUGUGUGUGUGUGUGUGUGUGUGUGUUAUACUUUGGUUUGAUUUAUAUGAUUGCCUGUGACACUCCAUGCGCUCCGUGUCGCACCUGUAGUACCCAACAUUCCCGUACAUCAUUGUUUUCAUCUUAGGUUUGCACACGCAGGGAAUCAUAUACAAAAUCACACACAACAGCGCACUACGUCGUCAGAAAGGGUUCCUGUCGUGUCCUUGUUCGCUACACCGGAUAUUCGCUGCUAUUGUUUGGGUGACAACUCACAAACACAAAGACGCCGGGACUUCAGUUCUCCGUAGAGUGACGCAUCUCAUUCUUCGAUGAAAAUAAGAUGAAAAAAACUCAGUAUUGUAAGAAAUCACCGAAUUCCUGCAUGGCUGAGACCAAGAUCUAAAGAAAGGGAGGUCAACUCAUGGUCGGCUCAAAACUCGUCCGCUCCGGCCACGAUCUAUUUAGACCUUGGCUGAGACUAGGCAGUGAGUAUCAAGACACCCCUCCACCCAAAAUUGACCUCUCUUUUGGCCACUCUUUUUUUUCUUCUUUUUUUUUACAGCAAAGGAGACAGCACAAGGGCACAAAAAAAAGGAAACAAUAAAAAAAAAUCCCGCUAUUCGCUGCUCCUAUAAAGAAUCCGAAGAGGUGGCCGAAAGAGCAGUCAAUUACGUGAGAAAAGGUGUCCUGAUACCUUCCUCUUGAAUGAGUUCAAGUCGUAGGCAGGAGGAAAUACAGUUGAUGGAACUUUACUACUCUCUUUUGUAGAAGCAGCGAUUAGCGGACUUUUUUCUCACUUUUUUUCCCCCUUGAACUGCCUCCUUUACCGUAAAUAAAAAAAAUCCUAGGUUGCUACAGUAUAUAGCUACGUUGGCUACAUCAGUUUAACGUUAAAGAAGACAUACCAAAUCCUAAACAAGAACACGUAAAGAAUCCUUGUCAAAAUUAAUAAUGCUGCAAAGAUCACGAUUGUCAAAAGGAGUUAUCAUAUCAGAGUCAAUGGUAACGACGACUGACAACAUGCUGCGCGUCCCUCGCCAGACCCAGUAAUUUGUAAGGCUCGCCAUAUUCUUAAAAGUUUCGGCGCUCACACACCCACAUCUGAUAAGGCUUUCGUAGGAGUUGUGGGUAUUUCCAUGGCUAGAUUUAUGACCCUGGUGGUAAUAUGACAAAGCUCCUGUACCAUGAACGUGAAAAAACUAAUAACCUUUGUGGCAUUUGGAAAGAUAUGUUGUGAGAGGAGGGAGCGUCUGAGAAUACCACCCUCAGGGAUGUAUUUUAAGACACCAUCGCUUCUCACAUCGACUAUUUCUAAAGGUCAAAGAGGGGAUCAAUCGGGUUCUCAUGGGUGUUUUUUUAAGGUUAAUGGCACAGAAGAAGGGUCAAAUUACCACCAGGGUCAUAAAACUACCCCUGGAAAGGCCUACAGCUCCUACGAAAGCCAUGUCAGAUAUGUGAACUUGGGCGCCGAAAUGUCUUAUGAUACGACCCUCAGGUUGAAGGAGUCUUGGAAGCAGUCAGACUUGGGUUCACGGAGGACGCACUAAAACUAUCCUGCAGCGUAGUGUCAGAUUUCUUACCCACCGGAACUCCAAGCAGGGAAACGUUUACGAAUAGCAACAAGCCCAUUGCCACCGGGGUUCCAGGAAGGGCGUCGAGGCACGUUGUGGAAGUGGCGGGGCGGGUUGUGGCCGUGAAUAUAAUAAUGCGACAAACGUUUGGAGGAAGGCGGUAGGGUUUCCCAUGCCGCGGUGAAAAUGCUCAGCGAGGAUCCAAGUUACCGAUGCAUUGUGAAAGUAAACGAAGCAAAGCGAACGUUAGCAAACAGAAUCUAGGAAGUGGGUUUGGAAUUUCCGUCCACGUCUUCAUAAAAAAAAAUGUCAGACACGCGAUGGAGGACCUAGAUUUGCGUGUAUUGUUUUCGUAUGUUAUCUUACGCCACCUGCUUUGUGCAUUAAGUGUGUAAUAAGUGUAAAUAUAUUCUAUUAUAAGAUACGUACAUGUGUAUAAAAAUAAUAAUAAAACAUAUACACAGAAAAACAAA